CAAGCGUGGGCCGGGAGGGGGGCGGCGGAGGCCGCGGAGGAGGCGCGGAAGGUGGCCGCGUUCCGCUUCUCAGGCCGCGCCGAUCUGCUGGGCAGCCCGCCCGCCGGUGCCCAGGGGCCCCGCACGGUGGGGCCGGGCCGGUGGCUGAGGCCUGUCCCCUCGGAUCCCAGGUGCCAUGAGGAAGCCUCGCCGGAAGUUGCGGCAGAAUGCCGAGGGCCGGCGCUCCCCAUCCCCCUACAGCCUCAAGUGCUCCCCAACCCGAGAGACACUGACAUACGCCCAGGCCCAGCGGAUCGUCGAGGUGGACAUCGAUGGACGCCUGCAUCGCAUUAGCAUCUACGACCCGCUCAAGAUCAUCACAGAGGAUGAGCUGACGGCUCAGGACAUCACCGAGUGCAACAGUAACAAGGAAAACAGCGAGCAGCCUCAGUUCCCUGGCAAGUCCAAGAAACCCUCGUCCAAGGGCAAGAAGAAGGAGUCCUGCUCCAAGCAUGCAUCCGGGGCCCCCUUCCACCUCCCGCAGCCCAGCUUCCGGGUGAUGGAUCUGGGCAGUCAGCCCGAAGCACCCCCGCUGCCCGCUGCCUAUUACCGCUACAUCGAGAAGCCGCCCGAAGACCUGGAUGCUGAGGUAGAGUAUGACAUGGAUGAGGAGGACCUGGCCUGGCUGGACAUGGUGAAUGAGAAGCGGCGGGCGGACGGGCACAGUUCAGUGUCGGCAGACACCUUCGAGCUGCUGGUGGACCGGCUAGAGAAGGAGUCCUAUCUGGAGAGCCGCAGCACCGGGGCCCAGCAGUCGCUCAUCGACGAGGACGCCUUCUGCUGCGUGUGCCUGGAUGACGAGUGCCACAACAGCAAUGUCAUCCUCUUCUGCGACAUCUGCAACCUGGCCGUGCAUCAGGAGUGCUAUGGCGUCCCCUACAUCCCCGAGGGCCAGUGGUUGUGUCGCUGCUGCCUGCAGUCUCCCUCCCGACCUGUGGACUGUGUCCUGUGCCCCAAUAAGGGUGGUGCCUUCAAGCAGACCAGCGACGGGCACUGGGCCCACGUCGUGUGUGCCAUCUGGAUCCCCGAAGUUUGCUUCGCCAACACUGUGUUCUUGGAGCCCAUUGAGGGCAUCGACAACAUCCCGCCUGCCCGCUGGAAGCUGACCUGCUAUAUCUGCAAACAGAAGGGGCUGGGCGCAGCCAUCCAGUGCCAUAAAGUGAACUGCUACACGGCCUUCCAUGUGACCUGUGCCCAGCGGGCCGGGCUCUUCAUGAAGAUCGAGCCCAUGCGAGAAACCAGCCUCAACGGUACCAUCUUCACCGUGCGCAAGACUGCCUACUGCGAGGCCCACUCGCCGCCCAGUGCCACCGCAGCCAGGAAGAAGGGCAGCUCCCCUGGGAGCCUCAGUGAGGCAGGGGAGGAAGAGGGGCUGAAGGAGGGUGGCGGGGAGGAGGAAGAAGAAGGGGAGGAGGAGAAGGAAGCCGAGCAUGAGCAGCAGGAAGGCCAGGGCAGUGUGGGUGGCCCUCUCAAGGCAGUGCCCAAGAAGAACAAGACAAGUGUGAAACAGAAGGUCAAGAAGGAGCCCGAGGAGGCGGGCCGGGACACGCCUUCCACCAUUCCUGUGGUCACCGUCCCACAGAUACCCUCUUACAGGUUGAACAAGAUCUGUAGUGGUCUCUCCUUUCAGAGGAAAACCCAGUUCAUGCAGCGGCUUCACAACUACUGGCUGUUGAAGCGGCAGGCGCGGAAUGGUGUCCCCCUCAUCCGGCGCCUGCACUCCCACUUGCUGUCCCAGAGAAACGCCGAGCAGCGAGAGCAGGACGAGAAGACGAGUGCAGUGAAGGAAGAGCUGAAAUACUGGCAGAAGCUCCGGCACGACUUGGAGCGGGCGCGGCUCCUGAUUGAGCUGAUUCGGAAAAGAGAGAAGCUCAAGCGGGAGCAGGUCAAGAUCCAGCAGGCCGCUAUGGAACUGGAGCUGAUGCCCUUCAAUGUGCUGCUUAGGACGACACUGGACCUGCUGCAGGAGAAGGAUCCUGCGCACAUCUUUGCUGAACCUGUCAACCUGAGCGAGGUUCCAGAUUACCUGGAAUUCAUAUCCAAGCCAAUGGAUUUUUCUACUAUGAGGCGGAAGCUGGAGUCCCACCUGUACCACACCUUGGAGGAGUUUGAGGAGGACUUUAACCUUAUAGUUACCAACUGCAUGAAGUAUAAUGCUAAAGACACAAUUUUCCACCGAGCAGCUGUCCGCUUGCGGGACCUGGGAGGGGCCAUUCUACGGCAUGCCCGGCGGCAGGCGGAGAACAUCGGCUAUGACCCCGAGAGGGGCACCCACCUGCCGGAAUCACCCAAAUUGGAGGACUUUUACCGCUUCUCCUGGGAAGACGUGGACAACAUCCUCAUCCCAGAGAACCGGGCCCAUUUGUCCCCGGAGGUGCAGCUGAAAGAGCUGCUGGAGAAACUGGAUCUGGUCAGCGCCAUGAGGUCCAGUGGGGCUCGCACCCGCCGCGUCCGCUUAUUGCGCCGGGAGAUCAAUGCCCUUCGGCAGAAGCUGGCGCAGCCACCCCCGCAGCUGCCCUUGCUGAAUAAGACAGUGUCCAACGGAGAGCUGCCCGUGGGGACCCGGGGGGACACAGCUGUGCCGGAGCAGGUCCUGCAAGAGGAGCCAGAUUAUGAUGGGGACAGAGAUGACUCCAAACUGCCUCCCCCACCAACCCUGGAGCCCACUGGGCCUGCACCUUCCUUGUCUGAGCAAGAAUCCCCCCCGGACCCCCCCACCCUGAAACCCAUCAGUGAUAGCAAACCUCCAAGUCGAUUCCUAAAGCCCAGGAAGGCAGAAGAAGAUGAGCUCUUGGAGAAGUCACCUCUGCAGCUAGGGAGUGAGCCCCUGCAACAUUUGCUCAGUGACAACGGCCUCAACAGACUGUCUCUCAUGGCCCCUGACAGCCCAGCCGAUGCCCCACUCAGUGGCGUGGGACGCCGCACAUCAGUCCUUUUCAAGAAGGCCAAGAACGGGGUUAAGCUCCAGAGGGGCCCAGACGGGGCCCUGGAGAAUGGCGAGGACCCUGGUGUGGCGGGCUCUCCCGCCUCUCCGGCCAGCAUCGAGGAGGAGCACCGUUCCCGGAAGCGGCCCAGGAGCAGGAGCGGUAGUGAGAGUGAAGGGGAGAGGUCCCUGCAGCAGGAGGAAGAGACAGGUGUGACCAAUGGCUUUGGAAAACACACUGAGAGCGGGUCUGACUCCGAAUGUAGUUUGGGUCUCAGCAGUGGACUGGCAUUCGACACUUGCAGCGGUCUGACACCGCCCAAGCGCAGCCGGGGAAAGCCAGCCCUGUCCCGAGUGCCCUUUCUGGAAGGCAUGAAUGGAGACACCGACUACAGCGGCUCAGGCAGAAGCCUCCUGAUGCCCUUUGAAGACCGCGGAGACCUGGAGCCCCUGGAGCUGGUGUGGGCCAAGUGCCGCGGCUACCCCUCCUACCCUGCCUUGAUUAUCGACCCCAAGAUGCCCCGGGAGGGCCUCCUACACAAUGGCGUCCCCAUCCCCGUCCCCCCGCUGGACGUGCUGAAGCUGGGAGAACAGAAGCAGGCAGAGGCUGGAGAGAAGCUCUUCCUUGUCCUCUUCUUUGACAACAAGCGCACCUGGCAGUGGCUUCCCAGGGACAAAGUGCUGCCCCUGGGUGUGGAAGACACGGUAGACAAGCUCAAGAUGCUCGAAGGCCGCAAGACCAGCAUCCGCAAGUCGGUCCAGGUGGCCUAUGACCGUGCCAUGAUCCACCUCAGCCGGGUCCGGGGUCCCCACUCCUUUGUCGCCUCCAGCUACCUGUGAGGGCAGGCCUGGGCCUGGUCCACCUUGGGGCUUGGAGAAGCCUCUCGUGUGACCGGGGGCUGGACUGUGUCCCCAACAAGGGCAGGCCCCAUUGUCACUGUUCAAGCGGCUCCCUGGAGGGCAGGGGCCUGCUGUGUUCCAAACCCUGCCAGGCUGCCCCAGACCUCUGCUCUGCUGAAGAACCACUGGCCAGGCUCGGCCCAGCUGAGGAGCCCCCAGAGGUGAGAAGCUGGGCUCCCCCUCGGCCUGCCUGGCUCCCCAUGCCCUCGGGCAGGCUGGCGGCCCAGGCUCUGAGCCUGACUCCAGAGAUGCUGUGGCUGCUGCCCGCCGUCUCCCGCCCUGCGGCUGCGGGGCCCUGGGCUGGGCUCUCACUCCCCCCUGCCGCCCUUCCUGCAUCUCUUGUGCCAAACUGACAAACAGCACCCAACCUGACCUUUUCUUUCAUGUCUCAUUUGCCUCUUGGGUCAGCUGCUCUGCUAGGUGGGUGUCAGGACCCAGGCAGCGGGCAGCACCCCCAGAACCCGCAGCUCCAGAGACCCCACCUUGCUGCGGGAGGGCAGGCUGCGUCCGCAGCCUGAGGUGGGGUCGGGGUGGCCUGGCCGCCUGCCCGCAGCUCCUGUCCUCUGCUCCUGGGCCUGAGCUCUGCUUUCACACCCGUCCCCUUCCCCUGCCCCUGCCCCUGCCCCUGCCCCCUUCACCUCAAAACAUGGAAGGGAAAAGCAACGCAAAACAAAACUGUGAAUGAGGAUUGCUGACCGGCAAACGGCAACCUUCCGAGGCCUGGCCCUUGGAUGUCCUCUCACCUCUUAAGCACCAAAGUUGCAGGGCCAGGGCCGGCUGCAGGCCGCAGAUCGCCAUCUUGAUUUUUAACUCAACAUUCUUUUUAAUUGUUUUAAAUUUUUUCAUAGGGGAGUUUUGGACAAAACAAAAGUUGCCGGGGAGAUCACUGCCAUUUUUACACACUCAACUUUUUAAAAACAAAAGCAACCACACACCGACUUCUUAGACAUUUGGGACACGAGCCAGAGUUGAAAGGGAACCAGCGGAACCCGCCGUGCAUAUGGGCGGGCUUUCGGGCUUUUUGUACAACAGUAACGAGACUGGUCCUGGGCAGGACACCGGGUGUACAUAACUGUAAGAUACCGGCCUGUCCGCAGGCCGCCCCGGCCCCGGGCACCUGUGUCCGCCCAGCCACCCCCCGCUCCCCCUGCGCCUGCUGCUCGGUCCACGUGUCCUCUCCUGUCCCCUCGGUCCUGCUGGGCCGGGCCUCCGCGUCUCUUGUCGCGUCUGCUGUGAAGCACACGAUGCUCUAUUUAUUGUAGAAAGUGACUUUAUUUGCUUUCUAGAAUUGUUUAUAACAGAUGGUAUAAGAGAGAUAAUAAACAAAGAUCUAUGCCUGUAAACAAUAGAGAA